AUGAAUACGAGCUAUUUGCGGCGAUUACGGGCACCAGGAGCGUUAAAGACUAUACUUUCAGACGGAUCGGGAAGUCGUCAAUGUAAAAAGAUUGUAAUAGAUUAUUCAAGUCCCAACAUAGCGAAACAGUUCCACAUCGGAAAUCUACGAUCCACAUUAAUUGGGAGCUAUCUAGAAAAGGUCCAUCGAACGCUAGGAAAUCACGUCACUUCUAUUAAUUAUCUGGGUGAUUGGGGUACUCAGUUUGCUAUGAUAGCUACCUAUUGGCCGCAGGUGAGACCAUCUGAUGCUUUCUGGAAAUCCUGUAGCGACGUCGACAAGAUCAGAACGCUCACGGAUUGUUAUGUCGUGGCUAAUAAGAAGAGCAAAGUAGACGAGAAUUUUCGAGAUCAAGUGCGAGAGACUUUCUCUGAAAUGGAGCAGUGCCUCGAGAAUAAUGAGAUGUCGUCUCCAACCAUGCGACUUUGGCAAGAUAUUCGGAAAAUCUCCGAGCAACAUUUGAAACAUUUCUACAAUAUGUUAAAUAUCAAUUUCAAUAGUUGGCAGUACGAGUCGUCGUAUGUGACUGCUGCUCGACGUCUUACUGCCGGUCUCGUGCAGGAUAAUAUCGCUCGAACAACCGCCACAGGGGUAUGGGUUGUGGAUCUUCCAAACGGUGAAUUAGAAGAGUACGCAGUUGUAAGAAAAAGUGAUUACACUACGCUGUAUCUGUCAAGAGAGCUGUCUUGCAUUUUGCACCGUGAUGAACUUUUCCACGCUGAUCGAUAUCUCUACGUUGUUGAUCGUGCCCAGCGAAGGCAUUUCGAAGCCUUACGAACUAUUCUUGAACGCAUAGGAAGGGAAGACAUAGCAGAAAAGAUUGAACACAUACCUUACGGACGAGUAAAAGGGCUCUCGACGAGAAUGGGACGAACCGAGGCCGUCGCUGAUAUUAUCGACAGAGGAACUGAGUUAGCUCUACAGUUUAUGAUGAAUUCCAAAACGGUUAAAGUUCCUCUCGAGAAAGAAGGAGAAGUUGCACGACAACUUUCAUUGUCAACUGUUAUUUUCAACGAUCUGAAGCGUGCGAAGUCAGCCGAAUACGAAUUUUCCUUUAAAAAUGCAUUCGAUCUCAAUCAUAAUAAUGCUUUGUCGCUGCAGGUUAGACACAGUCGGCUAUGUUCAAUUGAGUCGAACAACGCUGAGUUGCUACCACUGCUUGACAAAUGCGAAACUGUUCCUGUUGAAUCUCCUGAAUUCGCCAAGUUGGCGGAACAACUUUCACGUUUUCCUGAGGUCAUUAUUAAAAGUGCGGAACAUAGUGAACCCUGUCAACUGAUAGUUUAUCUAAUUGAACUUUCGCAUCAUAUUGGUCAUGUCGUUUCACAAGCGAAAAUCAAAGGACAGCCCGUUGAUGUAGCCAUACCAAGGCUGUUGCUGUUGUCAGCUGGCCGAGCUGCUUUAAAUGAGGGGAUCACAUUACUGGGUGCCCCUCCAGUUUCCACCAUGUGA